CUCCUUUCACGAAUAAAGCGGGAUGACUAGCCAUAAAUUACAUACAAGGAAAGACUCGGCGUUUACUCAGACUCGACUCAAUACAGCAGAACAGUCUCUCUGCUCUCGAGUGUUUGAGGGGUCUUUUGGGGGUUUCAGUGUCGGAAUUCGGAGAAAUUUUGCGAGACAAUGGCGUCUUCUCCGACGUCAUCUUCUUGCUCGUCGUUCGCCGAGACGUCCUCGAAGUUCUCCGAUCUUCCGGUGGUGGCGAUGAGAAAUAAGAUCAUCGAGAAGAUUUUGGAGAAUCGCGUCACUCUUAUCAUCGGUGAAACCGGUUGCGGGAAGAGCUCACAAAUCCCACAAUUCCUACUGGAAGAAAAUAUAGAGCCCAUACUUUGUACUCAACCCAGAAGGUUUGCUGUUGUAGCUGUUGCUAGAAUGGUAGCAAGGGCUCGUAAUUGUGAAGUAGGUGGAGAGGUUGGGUACCACAUUGGUCACUCAAGGGUCUUCUCAGCUAGGUCCAAGAUUGUUUUCAAAACAGCUGGGGUUUUGCUGGAUGAAAUGCGAGAGAAGGGAUUGAAUGCACUUAAAUACAAAGUUAUUGUUCUUGAUGAAGUGCAUGAACGAUCUGUGGAGUCUGAUCUGGUUCUUGUUUGCAUAAAGCAGUUCUUACUUAAAAAGAACGACUUGAGGGUGGUUUUGAUGUCUGCUACUGCGGAUAUUUCAAGAUAUCGUGAAUACUUCAAGGAUCUUGGUAGGGGUGAAAGAGUAGAAGUAUUGGCGAUUCCUAGCACUGGGAAGAACACCUUAUUUCAAAGAAAACUGUUCUAUCUUGAACAGGUGAGUGAACUUCUUGGAUUGAACUGUGAGAACCUCUCUUUGGAAUACUGCUCUGGACCAAACCCAACAAUGGCUCAACCUGAUUUCAAGCCCGAAGUGCACAAGCUUAUCCACAAUUUGGUGUUACAUAUUCACAAAAAUGAACCUGAUAUUGAGAAGAGUAUUUUGGUUUUCCUCCCAACAUACUAUACAUUGGAGCAGCAGUGGUUCCUCCUGAAGCCUUUCAGUGAGUCUUUCAAGGUUCACAUUUUGCACCGAAGUAUUGACACUGAACAAGCACUCAGAGCUAUGAAAAUCUGGAAGUCCCAUCGUAAGGUAAUACUAGCCACAAAUAUUGCAGAAUCUUCUGUUACAAUACCCAAAGUAGGGUAUGUCAUAGAUUCCUGUCGUUCUUUGCAAGUUUUCUGGGAUGGUAAUCGAAAAACAGACUCUGCAGAGCUUGUCUGGGUGUCAAAAUCUCAGGCUGAACAACGCAAAGGCAGAACUGGUCGGACUUGUGAUGGUCACGUAUAUCGAUUGGUAACUGGAUCAUUCUAUGGUCAACUGGAGGAUUAUGAGUCCCCUGCAAUACUGAAGUUAUCUUUACGGCUGCAAGUACUUCUCAUAUGCUGUGCUGAAUCUAAAGCUAUUAAUGAACCAAGAGCAUUGUUACAGAAGGCCCUGGACCCUCCAGACCCUGAUGUUGUUGAGGAUGCACUGGAUCUGCUGGUUCACAUGCGUGCAUUGGAGAAGGCAUCCAGGGGGCGUCACGAGCCUACCUUUUUCGGACGCUUGUUGUCUAGUUUCUCUCUAUCAUUUGAUGCUUCCGUGCUUAUUCUCAAGUUUGCCGACAUAGGAAUGCUCCGGGAAGGCAUUCUGUUUGGUAUAUUGAUGGAUCUACAGCCAUUACCCAUUCUUCGUCCUUUUGGUCAGGACAACCAGUUCAUGGAGUAUACUGACAGCUAUUAUAGUGGAAAUGGUAUGAAUAAUGGGCUAGGUAGAAAAGAGGUGUUGUAUAUGGGCAACUUCUCUGCAUUUCAGUUUUGGCAACGUGUCUUCAAGGAUGGAUGCCGGCUUGAACGGCUCAAAAACAUCUUUAAGUUUGAUGGGAUGGAAGAUAAAAAAAUUCUGCUUCCAAAGAUUGAGGAAGAAUGGUGCUCAUUGCACGAACUUGUCCUACCUGCCCUGCAACAAGUUUCUGAAACAUAUGAUGAGAUCCUAAAUUCUUUGCACCGGUUUCGGCCCAAGUUUUUGGCUAUAUCAAGAAGUGUCCCAAUUCAUUACGAUCCAUACGACUUUUGGCAUACAUGCUAUCUUGAGUGCGUGCAGAAGAAGGAUGCUGAUGCUUUAGCUGUGGGGGAUGAAGACCUUGAGCAUGGCAAUGAAUCAAGGAAAUGUGUUGCUGUACCCUUUGUUGGACCCUUUGACUUUCACACAGAUGAGGUGGCAAGAAAGUUUUCAGCAAUAAUCAAAGAGAUGAGAAUCCAGCUUACCGAGAAUUCAUCAAGAGAACAGAAUGCACAUGCUUCUGUUAAUGGACAUCACACUGCUGGGAGCUCACCACUAUGCAGAUAUUUUGUCAAUGGGUUGUGCAAUAGGGGCAGCCAGUGCUUUUUUUCUCACUCACUCCAAGCAAAACGACCUGUUUGCAAAUUCUUUUUCUCUUUGCAGGGAUGCCGCAAUGGAGAGUCAUGUUUCUUUUCUCAUGAUUCUGAUUCGUUAGCUAUAUCAAGCACUGAAUCAAGUUUGUGUUUCCCAGAAGAGGACAACAAGGAUGCAGAAUCUCUUCUGCAAUUCUUUCCCACUUCUUCACAUGGAUGCGUGCUAAUAUUAGAUGACAUAGAUCUUCAUUUUUCUUCAAAUCUGGCUCUUCAGUAUGACUCUUCCUGUAUAAUUUCCACCACUUCCCAGACAGAUUCCUUCACUCUUGAUCCUUCACUGAUGGGCACAAAUAUCCUGUGGGGACUUAGCCACCCAUAUCAAACAAUCAUGUCAAAGGAAGGGGACAAUUUGAUCCCAUGGGAUGCUGUCAAAUGUGUAUUAUGGUUUCCUAGAUUUGGUAAUGAGUAUGGGGAAGGACAGAAGAGCCUGGUCCGAACUUUCUUCAAUUAUCUAGCCAUCCGGAUAUUGGCAGAUGCCCUGCAUGAAGUACAAGUAAUCCUAACCAUGAACAAUAUACGGUUUUCACAACUACAGGUGGAAAAACUGGCGAGAGAUAGCUUCUUCUUCCUCAAACAGUCAUUUCUGUUUGAUGAUAAAAGCUUUGGAGAGUUGUUCGAUGAGGUGACUGCCAAAAAGUCAAUGUUAGUAUCAAAGCCUAUUUCGUAUGUUUUUGGCCUGUAUCCUCCGAGUGACUUUCAGCUUGGUGAUUAUGCUACACGACUACACCAGCAUCUUCAUCAUAUUUAUUAGUUGAAAUGUGCAUUGGAAGUGGAAGGUGUUGUCCUUAGGAUAACACAGAAGUUUGCUAUAGAGAUGUCAACUUAUGUGAAGCAUAAGUGGCAUGCACUGCUUUUUGUUAUAUAGGCAUAUGACCAGUAGUACAAACUAAAAACAACUAAACUUAGAUUUUGUCUUGCUUGCCUACAAGAAAUGUGAAGUAUUUAUCAAGGUACGUAUCAUUUCAUCCAGGCUUCUCAUGUGGACAACAGUAUCAUAUUCAUCACUUUGCAUGUGCUCUUGUUGUAUAUAAAUUUAUAAUCAAUGUCCAAAAUGUUGUAAAUG